AUGAAGCUUUCCGCCUUUAUCUAUGGCUCAGUCCUAGCUUCCCUUCCAUUGUUCGCCAAUGCCUGGCUUCCAGAGGGCAAAAUCCGCGGCGUGAACCUUGGCGGCCUCUUCGUUGUUGAGCCAUGGAUGAUGCAAGACGAAUGGAGCGCAAUGGGUUGCGCUGGAAAAGUUAGCGAAUUCGACUGUGUUCUGGCCCUCGGCCAAACUGCAGCCAACGCUGCCUUCCAGGCGCACUGGAACCGCUGGAUUACCAAGGACGAUAUCACCCAGAUAGCCAGUCUGGGCUUGAACACUGUUCGUAUUCCUCUGGGAUAUUGGAUCUACGAAGAUAUCGUGUAUAGCGACAGUGAGCACUUUCCUCAAGGGGCCUUCCAGUAUUUGGAGCGUGUGUGCAUGUGGGCAAGGGACGCAGGGCUUUACAUCAUUCUCGAUCUCCAUGGCGCCCCCGGUGCACAGCAGGCCCAGCAGCCUUUUACGGGGCAGUACGCACCCACCGCUGGAUUCUAUGUGGACUAUCAAUACGAGAGAGCCUACAAAUGGCUUGAAUGGAUUACCAACAUCGUCCAUACCAAUUCCAAUUUUGCAAAUGUUGGAACGAUCCAGCUCGUGAACGAGCCCAUCCAGAACUCUGGAACUGUUGCAACAAUGAUCUCCCAGUACUACCCAACGGCAUUCAAGAGAAUCCGGGCCGUUGAAUCGGGCCUUGGUAUCACAGCCAACAACUACGUCCACAUCCAGAUGAUGAACGAGAAGUGGGGGUCGGGAAACCCCAAUGCCAAUAUCGAUAACCUCUACUUUGCUUUCUACGACGACCAUCAUUACGUCAAGUGGACUCCGGGUGUCACUGUUUCCCGAGAUGGGUAUAUGCGCCAUUCGUGCACUGAUGACCGCAGUGGAAACUGGCCUGUUAUCACAGGGGAGUGGAGUAUCAGUGUUGCUGACUCUGCUGAGUGGAAUGAUGAGUUCACACUUGAUCGUAGUGACGCGGUUGAGUGGUAUCGUAAGUGGUGGGCGGCCCAGUUCUUGAGUUAUGAGAAGAUCGAUGGGUGGAUUUACUGGAACUGGAAGGUAAACUGGAUUGGAGGGAGAAACGAUUGGAGGUGGGGAUAUCAGCAAGCUGUAGCUGCUGGAGUUAUCCCGACAAAUCCGUUGGAUGCAUAUAGUUGGAAUGUUUGUGCUGGAUACACUUGA